UCACAAGAUCAAGUCAAAAGCGGAACGUUACGAGUAUUCUUGCCAGAAAUAUUUAUUUUACAAUGGAGAAUUGUAAUAGUGAAAAACACAAUCAAGUCUCAGAUUUUGCUUGGGCAUUCGGUUUGAACCGCUUCAGUCUUCGAUUGAUGGGAAUUUGGCCAUCUGACGAGAGUGUUCAAUCUCGCUCUUUACAAAGCGUGAUACGAAUAUCUAUCAUUACGAUGAUCAUGAUAUUUGGUCUUUUGUUACCGCAAAUUUACGCAUUGACUUUGUGUAUUCAUCAACUGUCACUUGUUAUUGAUAAUCUCCUGACGAGCAGCCCUACAUUCACAUCAUGUAUAAAAUUAUUCUUCAUUUGGCACAAUAGUCUAGUAUUAAAACCAGUGGUGGAGUCGGCGGCACGAGAUUGGUACGAGGUGAAAGAUAAUUUGAAGCUGAAAAUAAUGAAGAGUCAAGCAGCUCGUGCAAGACUGGUGACCAUAAUUGAUUACGUGAUAUUAUCAUGCUGCUAUACGGGCUUCGUCGUAUCUCCGUUCGUCGAUUUUGACAUGCGUCUGAUCAACAACAUGACCGACUAUGGUGAACGUAACUUGCUCGUUCAGUCGUACUAUCCUUACGACUAUUCCAAGAGUCCCAACUUCGAGUUGACUCAGUGUUUCCAACUGAUGGGAAGUUUCUUCGUGGGCAUGGCGGUGUCUGUUCCCGACGAUUACUUUGGCGCACUUGUGUUCCAUGCGAGUGCGCAAUUCGAUAUCCUUGGUCGUGACAUUGAACAUUUUCUACGAGCGAAGUAUCGAUGUCAACUCGAUGAUGUUGCCGUUAAUCGGAAGUUAAAGGCUUUCAUUGACAGACAUGUCCACUUAAAUAGAAUGGUUUUUUUGAUAGAGCAAGCCUUCAGUUACGUUAUCGCAGCCCAGAUGUUUUGCAUGUCUACAAUGGUGUGUUGCUUGGGGUUUCAAAUAUUAGGAAUGCUGGAGGAUGGGGCGGAGAGACCCGACAGCCUUCAACUUGUCACGCUUGUUGGGACACUGUUCACGAUGAUGGUACACACUCUUGUCAAUUGUUUUGCCAGCGAGACUCUGGCAUCGCAUAGCAAACAAAUAUAUUUUCGCAUUUGCAACAGUAACUGGUACUAUCUUCCACCGAGUACAGCACGGUGUCUCAUACCAAUGCUGAUUGCUUCGAGAACUUCAAGACAGAUAAAAGCAGGCAAAAUCUUAUUAAUGUCCAUGACAACUUAUUGUAGCAUAAUUAAAUCGACAACUGGUUACAUUUCGAUGCUUAUUGCUGUGAGCAGCAGAUAGAAUUCAUCAUCGUGAGCAGUCCAAACAUUUUAUAGCGCUAAAUGUUUUUAGUACAAGCAACCACAGACGCUCCUUUACAGUCCACAACUGCGAUUCGUUUCGAGUCAUCUUUUUUGCAUGCAUUAAAUUCAUUAAUCAAUCUAUUUUCUCGAAUUUUGCCGUACUUAUAUUAUUGUUGCUGCUCCAUCUAUGUACCUAAAAAUACAUUAAAUAAUUCAUGUAAGCUUA